UCAUACUGGCCGAUAGGUGGCAGGAACCUCGCUAGGCGAGUAAUACAUGACUGUGUUACCUGUAGGCGCUUUAAAGGCAAAACACUGUCUCCUAUAAUGGGGAACCUGCCCCAGGAAAGAAUUACGCCUUCAUUUCCAUUCUUCCGCUGCGGUGUAGACUACGCUGGGCCAGUUUUCAUUUUAAACCGUAAAGGUAAAGGCGCGAGAUUAAUUAAAGGUUAUAUUUGUUUAUUUGUUUGUUUUGCAACUCGAGCUGUUCAUCUAGAACUUGUCAGUGAUCUGACUAAAGACGCAUAUUUUUUAGCGCUGAAAAGACUAAUUUCCAGGCGGGGAAAACCAGUGGAAAUAUUUUCAGAUAAUGCCGGAAAUUUUAUAGGCCUUAUGAACGACUUUAGAAAGUUCUUACAUAAUUGUUCUUCAGACAUCAUUGAAUAUGCCAUCAGUCAAAAUAUUAAAUUCAACUUUAUACCCCCAUAUUCUCCUCAUUUUGGUGGCCUUUGGGAAGCUGGGGUCAAAUCUUGUAAACAUCAUUUAAUAAAAUCAUUGGGUAACGCGCAUCUCACGUUUGAGGAAUUUACUACAGUUUUAACGCAAAUAGAGGCUAUCCUUAACUCCCGUCCACUAAGCCCUCUCUCCACAGAUCCUCAAGAUGUCCUGCCUCUAAGUCCUGCCCACUUUCUGAUUGGCCGACCGCUGACAGCGCCAGUGAGCACCGAACUAACCGACGUCCCUAUGCUGAGACUCGAUAGAUACCAGCGGAUAGAGCAAAUACGUCAACAUUUUUGGGCAAGGUGGUCAAAAGAAUAUGUAUCGGAGCUACAAACGCGGACUAAGUGGAAACAGAACGAGGCACAAUUAGAACCAAACACGCUGGUCGUCGUUAAGGAUGACAACUCUACUCCACUCAAAUGGAACAUUGGACGAGUUGUGGCUACCAUUCCUGGUCGUGACGGCAUCAGCAGGGUAGCUGACAUCAAGACGUCGUCGGGAACGAUACGACGCGCGUUCUCCAAGAUUUGUCCUCUCCUCGAUUCGUCAUCAACGUAAUUGGAAGUUGGAUCUUCCAAGGCCGGGGGCAUGUCGAAGCAUUACUCUAUGAUUUUAUUUUAUUUAGCUCUGUGCAUUGCGUUUCUUUUAAAAAAUGUCAAAAAAAAAAAAAGAAAUUAUCUGUCAAUGUCAUUCUAACCUAAAACCAUGCGCUAAAAUUAACAUCACUUUGUAAUAUUGUAUUUUAAUUCACAAAUCAAAAGUAAAAAGCUGAGUCUACGUUA